AUGGCAAAAGCGUACACGCAGGAAGAUUUUGAUGAGCUUAUGGGCAAAGUUGAGAAGGCAGAUUUUCAGGUGGCAGAGUAUUUGGAAUUGGCUGGAAGAGAGAAUCUGGAUAUGUGUGUCAAAUAUUUUCACAUAUUUGGUGCCGAACCAUCAACCGAAUACUUGUACACGGUAUAUGAUGCAGGAAGGCGUUUCAUCGUUAACUUGGACAACAAAACGUGCAGUUGUCGGAUGUUUCAAAUAGACGAAAUUCCAUGCCUACAUGCAUGGGCUGUCAUUAAGAAGAAAAAUCUAAUGGCUGAUGAUUACUGUUCUGAAUUGUUCAAAUCGCACACCGUGGUGAAGACGUAUGAUGUCGUCGUGGAUCCUCUCCCUGACGAGCGGGAAUGGAAUAUUCCAACAUACAUAUCAGAGGAUGUUGUUUUUCCACCAAGAUACAAGAGACCUCCUGGUAGGCCGAAGAAAAAACGUGAUAAGCCGUUAUUUGAAUUGCUUCUUGGAAAAAAGAGACAUACUUGCAGUACUUGUGGACAGACUGGACAAAAUAGACGAUCUUGUAGUAAUGCUCCUAGAAGGAAAUAA